AGUCCCGCCGCCUGACCUUCCCAGGCAGCGCCACAGCAGUAGGCUCAGACCCCCCCACUGGCGGCCGACCCAGGUUCCCGGCUAGUUCUCUCUGCUCCCGACGCUCCGGGCCCCAGUCCCAGUCCCUGGCGACUCCCCAAUCCAAAGCCACCGAACGCCGGCGGGAGAGAUGUCGGGAGCAAUCUUCGCGCCUCUGGAAGGCCCGGGCGCCCUGGACGCCGCCAGUGGCCUCCCGCUCGUGUGCCCCUUGUGCCACACGCAGUACGAGCGCCCAUGCCUGCUGGACUGCUUCCAUGACUUCUGCGCCGGCUGUCUGCGGGGCCGCGCCACCGACGCUCUGGCCUGCCCGCUGUGCCAGCACCAGACUGUGGUGAAGGGUCCCAGUGGGCUCCCUCCGGUGGACCGGCUGCUGCAGUUCCUGGUGGACAGCUCCAGGGAUGGUGUGGAGGUCGUGCACUGUGCCAACUGCGACUUGGAGUGCAGCAAGCAGGACGCGGAAACCACGGACUUCGGCAACACGUGUGGGCAGCCCUUGUGUGCGCGCUGCCGCGAAGAGUCGCACCGGGCACGAAUGUUUGCGCGCCAUGAUAUUGUGGCCCUUGGCCAGCACAGCCGCGACGUGACUCAGAAAUGCACGCUGCACGCCGAGCCCUACAUCAUGUUCUCCACCGACAAGAAGUCGCUGUUGUGCAUUCGCUGCUUCCGGGACAUGCAGGGGGAGAGCCGGGCCCACUGCAUAGACCUGGAGUCGGCUUAUGUACAGGGGUGCGAGAGGCUGGAGCAGGUGGUGAUGUCAGUGAAGGCCCUACAGACGGCCACUCGGGAGGCCAUCCCUGCCCUGCUGCAAGCCAUGGUGGAGGAGGUGCGGAGCAGUGCCGCGGAGGAGGAGGGGGCCAUCCAUGCCCUCUUCAGCAGCAUGCAGGUGAAGGGAGGAGUAAGGAACCUGCACCCUGCUGGCUGUGCAGCCUCAUCAGCCCGCAACGCAGUCAGGGGCGUCCCUGUGACCUUCCAAUAUGAAGAGAAGGACAAGGCCUUUAAGGAGCAGCUCUCCCACUUGGCUGCCUUGCUCCCCACCCUCCAGGUUCACCUGGUCUUCUGCUCUUCCUUCCUCAGCCUAGCCAACAAGGCUGAAUUCCUGGAUCUGGGCUAUGAGCUGAUGGAGAGGCUGCAAGGCGUAGUCACUCAGCCACAUCGCCUAAGGCCAGCUCAAAGCAGCAAGAUCACCAGCGACCACCACGCAGAGUUUGCACGCUGCCUGGAGCCACUGCUGCUGCUGGGGCCACGCCGGGCAGCGGUGGCCAACAUGCUGGCUGGAGGCUCAGGACCCAACGUGCUGAAGGUGCCCAGCUGCCCCUCCCCAGUGGGAAAGAUGUCAGGGUCCCCCGUCCAAAAACCCAUGCUGCACCGAUCCAUCAGCACCAAGGUGUUACUGGCCAAGGGCCAGGACACCCCCUUCACAGAGCACUGCCAUCACUAUGAGGACUCUGCACGCCUCUUGCAGGUGGAGGUACAGAACCUGAAGGACCAGGUCCAGGAGUUGCACCGAGACCUCACCAAGCACCACUCCCUUAUCAAGGCCGAGAUCAUGGAGGACAUCCUGCAGAGGUCCCUGCAACUGGACGUGCAGAUCACCUCGGAGCAUGCCUCCAUGGAGGGCAUGAGAGCGGCCUUUCAGGAGAUUUAGGAGGAAUCCUACCAGCGAGUGACUAAUGAGCAGGAGAUUUACGAAGCCCAGCUCCAUGACCUUCUCCAGCUGAAGCAGGAGAACGCCUACCUGACCACCAUCACCAAGCAGAUCACACCCUAUGUCUGCUCCAUUGCCAAGGUGAAGGAACGGCUUGAGCCCAGGUUCCAGGCACCUGUGGAUGAACAGUUAGAGAAUCUACAGGACAUGUAUGAUGACAGCAGGAAUGGUGAGACCCCCCACCAGGAAUGAUCCAGUAAAUGUCACAGACAAGAGAGAGAAGACACCUGAGCCCAAAGGAACAGCCAGGCCCUGAGCAGCCUCUCAGAAAAGCCUGCACGGAAGAACCGGGACCACCUCAGACCCAAGUAGAAAAAUGGAGAGCAGACAACUGAGUAAAUGGGACCUGUCCUGAGGGGUUGGGCUUUCCUAGCAAGGGACACUGAAGAAAAGGUUGUUCCCGCUAUGGUUGUUUCUUUAAAAGGUGUAAUUGAUUGAGUAAACCCCAGGAACUAAUGGCCUGGCUGCUUCAUUUUGCCUGUGCUCACAUGCAUAAGUCCUAGCCCUUGCUCAAGUUGGGAUGACUUCCCCGCCACGUGGACCAGUGAACAUGAUGCCCCUCACCCAGCAUCUGCAUGUCAGGUGUCGGUGGGCCACGUGGGUGUGAGGUACUGCUGCUGAGUUUCAGGUAUCAAGACACCACCACUGGGCAGUACCUGCCCUACUUUGAAAGAAUUCACUUCCUCCUGAAUGACAGCCCCACUGCUGACCUGGUACCACCAGAAAGUUCCACCCAGUCAUCUGAGCAUGGCUCACAAAAGGGCAACUUCUGUCAUGGUAAGGGCAGAUCUCAUGAAGCCCAGUGAAGGUCACUUGCCAGCUCCAUGGCAGAUGGUCACUACUAUAACUUCACUGCUUUCUCAAACUGUAGCACAGUGUGCAGCAACCUUUUUUCAAGUACUUUUUCUAAUAAUUUCCCAUUUCUAUGCAGUACCCCUUUUGAGGAGCUUAACACAUGUCUAAACAAAAUUAAGCUUCCUUACUUAAAAUUUAAGUUUUGGAGGUUAAGUGAUGCCCAGAUAGUCACAUUUUAAGCCAGUAUCUAGUUGAUUCAGUGGUUUGAAUAGCACAUGGCCUCUACGUAUCAAAGAGAGCUACACAUCAAAACAGAAAUACACCAGUCACACCCACACCCUGUGCCCCUGUACUACAUCCCGGAGAACAGAAGGAAUUCAUCAUUACAUCUGAGGCAGAAGUUCUGGACACUCCUUAACCAGAAGUGUCCCAAUCAGCUUCCAGCCUCUGUACCUCCCAGUCACGCUGUUGGUCAUAGUGAAAUCCGGUAGUUUUAUUGAAGAAUUGGAAAGAAAAAGCAGUAUUUGUGAAAGAAAGUCCAAUUUAAUAUAUUUAAAUAAACAUUUCUGUAUGUAAAAAGAAGAGUACAAUAAUUACUCCGUAACUUUUCGUUGUGAUGGGGCCACUGCCCCCACUUAGGAUUGGGGGGGCCUUCUAAGCCUGGGACAAAUGCCAAGCCUUUUAUCAUGUCAGAGGCUGAGGGCUUCUAACCUGGACGACCACUGCAACAGCGAACUACGGUGGGGGGGGUCACAACUAAGGCAGUGAGAAAGUGUAGAGAAUGGGCUCACCGCGCCCCCACCAAGGGGCUGUGGCUGAGACCUUACUGAGCCUGGCUGCUGGUACAGCUCAGUGGCUUAAUAUUUUUCCCUGAUAUUCCAAUCCCCAGGUUGGAGAAUGAGUAGGAAGGAUUAAUAACAUACUUUUAGGUUCAAGAAGUGGUUCCUACCAAGGAAGAGACUCCAGGGGCACUACCUCUUCUGUAAACUGCCAAUCACCAAGCAGCAGCAGAGCCUCAGGAAAUGUUUCAUUUUACACUGUUUCAAGGUAGCUUUGCUUCUGUGCAGUACCCAUUCUUCACUGAAGACUCUCCAUUUUACAAACUUGCAACUGGAAAUCUGACAGGUUCUUAAUUUGAGGAGACCUGGAAUGUAGCCUUUACAGUGGGUACCUGAAAAGCCUUCAUCUCAUUAGCCUGAUUCUCUGCCACAUGGUGUCAACACUGCCUUUAUAAAGUUAAAAAUAACAUCACGAUCACAGCAGCAGAUGAAGUCAAUCACUUGCUAAAUUCUGCCCUUAAAUAGCUCACCUUUUAUCCCUAUGUACUGGGAUUCCUGCUUUGGGAUUAUGAGGGUGGGACUGUUCUCUCACCACCUGUGCCCCCAAAAUUCCUCCUUAAGCAGAGCAGAACAUGUCAGCUCUCCCCAGAUGUGAGGAAGUCUCACCAAGACACCCCCAAACCUGGACUCCUUUGUUCUUGGGCCCAGCAUGAAGCUGGGCUUUCUGGUUUCUGGCAGAGAGGGUGGAAUCAAAUGCCACCACCAUCCUUACUAUCCACAAUGCCAGGGGCUGUUAUUAGUGUUCUCCAUCCAUCAAAAAAGACAACUUCACAGCCCCCAAGGGAAAUGGAGGCUGGGCCCAGUCUUGCUUAGAUGUGAGAACUUCCCCUCAGAGAACUGGGAAUGGCUGCCAAAAACCCUUCUACACCCUCUCCCAGUCUGCAGUUGUGGUAAGUGGAGUUUGCUUUGGUAGCAUGGCCUGGAGAAGUUGAGGACUGACUGGACUCCUACUCCCAAACUGAGUGAGUGCAUGUCGAUGGCCCGCCACGGAUCACUCCUGAUGAGCUAUGCUGCCGGCUGCAGCCACAGUCUUGCUGGAUGCCCUGCAAGGCCUUGUGAAGUCCUGAGUGCCAACAGCUCUCUAACCAUACUGUGCCAUACUGCUAGUCGGCAAACCCACUCUUUGGUAUAUAUAAUAAUGAAAAAUUAAGCCACGAAACCUAGAAGUUAGUAAUAUUUCUGAGCUGGUAAAAUGCUCCUUUGAAUAUACACCUUUAGGUAUCUGCUCAGUUAACCAAACAUAAGCCCAUUUCUGUUUAGUUCUUACGCAGUAUAAUUUCAUUAUAUCAUCCCUCUCAUCUAAGUAUGAAAAGCAUCUGGCAUUAUUCUAAGUCCUCACAACACCCCUGUGAGGUAGGUGGUAUUUGCCCCAUUCUACAGCGGGGGAGACCUAAGCACAGAAAGGUCUAGUGGCCCCUCAAAACCAAGCAGGUGGUUGUGGCUGAGCAGAGCUCUGGCCACACACCAAUGCCACCUUUGCAUUCACGCUUCGUCAGUGUCACUGCAAAGGUGCUUGGAAGGAUCUCACACCAAGACCAAGUUCCUGUCUGGUCCAGGAUUAAACAAGGAUCAAACACUUCUGUGUUUGACAAAAGCCAAAUUUUCUCCCUAAGUCCGCAGAACAAAAAUGUCAACAGAACCUUUGUUGGGAUGGUCUGCCCUACUGAAGAUUAUUUAGGAGUGGAUUUACUUGAAUUUGAGUUGUAUGUGGUGUGGUGGAACCCCUUUGGAAAAAUAGCUCAAAACAACACUGGGGAGGAUGUGACUUCUUGAGA